GCUUCAUAAUUACAAAUCAACGCUUCCCCCAAAACUUUCUUCCUGAAGAUUAAAGAUGUUCCUUGCAGAAGUUAAGUGUGAUUGAAGGCUAGAUUAUCUCCAACAUGUUCUUCGGCGCUGUGUAUUGCCUAGUGAAUCUUAUAAACUCCUUAGGGGCACCCAUUAAUUUGUUAAGCUUCUUUCUUAGGAUUGAUCUGUGCUGUCUGGAUGAAAGCAUUGGGGAAUGGGAAAGUACUGAUAUUGGCAAUCAGAUGCUGCCUGCUGUAUUCUGUGUCUUAGCAGCUCAACCAACAUUUGGUGGGUUGUCUGGAUCCACUGAAAUUGAUAAUAUCAUACAUAUAUAACUCCUUCAUCUCUUUAGCAUUUUUCAUGUGAAAGGGACUCAUCAUGGAGUGGAAAAGAAAAGGAGACAGCAUCUUUCCUGGGAGUUGGGCUUCUUCUCAUUCAUUUCAACAUCUGCAUAGAGUUUCUUUAUUUGCACAUCAUUAGCUAACAAUUUGUGAACUCUCAAUUUUGGUAAGAUAAGAGUUUUAUUUGGGAACGAUGGAUGGUAGAGAUUAUUAAGAGCUAAUAUAUAGACUUUAAUCUCCUCCAUUUAAUAAUAGGUUGAAAUUUACAGAAUUUUGAAAAUCUUUAAAAACUUCAAAAGAAACUACCACCUGAUUCAUACUUGCUUUUCGAAUAAGAGUUGAAAAUCUGAAAGAAAAAAAAAAAAAAACAAUUUAUAAAACACUGAAAAGGUUUCAUUCAAAAAAAGGAGUUGACGCCAACUUUAAAUCUCACCGGUCACUAACGUAAAAUGCUAAAAGAAAAACUAUUUAAAUGUAAAGGAAUUCUCUGUUUUAACAAACUAUAUAUUAAUAUUUAAAUUGAAAGAAUAUUAUAAUUAAAACUAGAAAUGGUGAAAAAGCAAACCUUGUAACUAUUACUAGAAUCGAAAUAUAUUUUAUUAAUUAAUAAUAAAAAAAUACUCACAGUGGAGUAAUAGUAAUCGUAAUAGCUCACUGUUAGUAAAUUAAAACAAUCACCUCUUUGCAUCCAUUUCUCCAAAAGGAAAAGAAAAGUUUCCUUUUUUUUUUUUUUUGUUUUUUAUUUCUUCUGUUUUUCUAUAAAACAUAUAUAUAACUUUUGUUCCUAAUUGUGGUCUCUGUCUAUCUGAUCUGCCAAACUCAGUUUUGAUCUUUGUGAUCUUAUUAAGAGAUUUGAGUGGUGGGGAGGAGGAUGAUAGAAUGCAGCGUUUGUCACUCCAAAAUUUCACCUACAAGCAAAACGGUUUCGAGGGCUUAUGAUAGACACAGAAGCGAUGUCUCUUCUAAAACAAGAGCGCUGAACAUUCUUUUGGUUGUUGGAGAUUGCAUCUUGGUUGGUCUUCAGCCUAUAUUGGUUUAUAUGUCUAAAGUGGAUGGGCAAUUCAAGUUUAGCCCUAUUAGUGUUAACUUCUUGACUGAAGCUGCUAAAGUUCUUUUUGCUAUCCUUAUGCUUUGUAUCCAGGCCAGGCAUAAAAAGACUGGGGACAAGCCUCCUCUCUCUGUUUCUACCUUUGUACAGGCUGCUCGAAACAAUGUGCUUCUUGCUGUUCCAGCUUUCCUUUAUGCUAUUAAUAAUUAUUUGAAAUUUAUUAUGCAGCUGUACUUUAAUCCCGCAACAGUGAAAAUGCUAAGCAAUUUGAAGGUUUUGGUAAUUGCUGUUUUAUUGAAAAUAAUCAUGAAGCGGCGAUUUUCAAUCAUUCAGUGGGAAGCUCUCGCUUUAUUGCUCAUUGGGAUUAGUGUGAACCAGUUACGAUCUCUACCAGGGGGCACCACUGCCAUGGGUCUUCCAGUUGCAACAGGGGCAUACCUGUACACACUAAUUUUUGCAUUAUUACUGAAUUUACUCAUUGCCGAUUGCUGGGAUACACAUAAGAGUAUUCUAGCAGAUUGUGCUGGAAAAUGUAAUAUGAAGAAACAACUUUUGGACUUGAUGCAGGCGACUGUUCCAUCAUUAGCGUCAGUCUACAAUGAGUAUGCCUUGAAGAGUCAGUUUGACACUAGCAUUUACCUUCAGAACCUCUUUCUGUACGGUUAUGGUGCCAUAUUCAAUUUCUUAGCGAUCCUAGUAACUGCCAUUUUUAAAGGCCCUAGCAGCUUGGAUAUACUGCAAGGACACUCAAAGGCUACCAUGCUUUUGAUAUGCAACAAUGCAGCACAAGGAAUUUUGUCUUCUUUCUUUUUCAAAUAUGCAGAUACAAUUUUGAAAAAGUACUCGUCAACGGUAGCCACAAUUUUUACAGGAAUAGCAUCUGCUGCACUUUUUGGUCAUACCCUGACUAUGAAUUUUAUCUUAGGAAUCUCUAUUGUGUUCAUCUCCAUGCACCAGUUCUUUUCGCCACUUUCAAAGGUUAAGGAUGAACCACCAAAUGGUGGUGUGCAGAUGAUGGAUGGUAAAAACAACCAGAGGUCUAAGGAUGCAGCCUUCAUAAAUAUGACAGCUGGAGCAAAUGAAGAUGCAAAUCACCUGGUUGAACAUGAUGAGAAGGCGCCACUCCUUCCCAUUUAAUGCUUAGCGGUGGGUUUUACUGUGGAUUAACAGGUAUUACAGAUUGAUAACAGAUACGUGACAUUACAAGAGUAGCAUCUUAUUUUCCUCGGCACCUCCACCUCUUCUGUUUGCCCAUGUUGCUGAUUCUUUUCAGUUUUCAGACAUUCGGUUUGUUAUUCCUGGGUUCGAUACAUAUAGCGUUAACUUAUGUUAGAGCUAAAUUGUUUUGAUCAAAUCCCAUUGCAGGAAUGAUGUUGGUGUGUAAAUUUAUAGGCAGGAACUGAGAAGGAUUACCAGUAAUCAGUGAGACAAUAGAAUAAAUGGUGUAAAAGAGAUUCUUUACUUGAUUUUGGGGUUACCUUUUUCUGUAUCAGAGCACAGAACAUACCUUUGAGGAAGCCCAUCUACUAGGCAUCUAUAACAGCAUCAGGGGCUGUAGAUAGACCACGAUCACGCCUGCCUGGUUACUGCCACAGCAAAUUUAUACUCGUCUGCAGCAAUUUUGUACUCAUCUGUCUAUGCCAUAUCUAGAGAACUAUAAGUUCUAUUAAAUUUCCCCUUCUUGUGCUGCCACAUUACUUUCACUUCCAUACAUUUUCUCACAACUCUUUUUUCUUUCUUGAAUUAUGGUAAUGUAAAUGCCUCGGAUACCAUCAUGUCGAAAUGUUAAGUAGAUACUGGAUUCCUGCUGGGCAGUAGCAGGUUUUUGUAAAAGAGAGAUGAGUUGAAUGCAUACAGCACAAGGGUUUGAUGUUGCAA